CGGUACCAUAACCAUCGAUGGUAUAAAAGCACAUCCAGUUAACAAUUCCAUGUCUAUCUUUCAAGUGAAAAAAAUCGACAUCAACAUGAGAAGCUUCGUCGUCUUUGCCGCUUUAGCAAUAACAGGGGUGUUCGGACAAACAUGUGAAGAGGAAUGUGAGGCGACUUGUGAACAGAAAUGUGCUAAGGAAUGCCAACCGUCGAAAAACACUCGCACUACCACUGGAAGACCAUGCAAAUUCUCCAUAAAUUGCCAGCAUGAAUAUUGGUGUAAUCAGGGAACAUGUGAACGUAUGAUAGAAGUAGGAGAACCCUGUAAGAAGAAUGAUGAAUGUAAAGGUCUCUCCAAAUGUGUGCCCUUUGGAAACGGAAUAUGUGAGGAGACAUGCAGAGUUGACAAUGACUGCCUACAAUACGAGAAUGGCAAAAACAAGUACUGUUCUGUUGGAGGCACUGCGGGAACACAGAAAGGCAAAUGUGAGUUGAAACACGGGCCUGACACUCGUUGUGGAAGGAGCCCCGAAUGCCAAGGGAAUAUGUUCUGCAGAAAUGGACAAUGCCAAGUUGCUGUGGAAGUGGUUAUAUGUAGUCUGAACUGCCACGGACAAGACCCAAGGAAACCUGAUCACAUCAGACCAGGACAUAUUGUGAACAUCACCUACUCCUGUACAUUUAUCCGAAGGGCGGAGAUGGGACACAAGAAGUUGAAGGCCGAGAUAAAGUUAGACAACACGAAGCGACUUGGCAUAGUAAAAGGUGAAUCACCACAAUACUUCAGUGGCUUUGUCACCAAGAAAGCAAGGAAAGGAGAGUUCACUGCAAGUUUGAAAGCUGUAAUGACACCGUGCGUUAGCAACAAAGACAGCUGCGCGGCUAACAGAAAAUGCAUAUUGAAUGCUGGACAAUAAAAUAAACAACAUCCAGAAUAUUCAGUUAUCAUAAUGAUCAUCUUUUAUCACUUCAUGAACUUUUCCCAAUAAUUCAUUUACGACUUGAAUGUACAUUUAUUUGAAAAGAAUAAAAAAUAAAUUGAAAACUUUAAAA